ACAAUUUCACAAACUUGAAUGAUUCUAUCUCUCUCUAUUUCUACAAAUUGUUUUGUUUAUUUAAUAUUUUUUUAAAGAAAAGUGUUGUUUUGCAAUAUAGGGAACUUGCCAGGCUGUCCUUGUAAUUUGAGUUAAACUAGUCAAGAGAUAGUUGAAUAGGGAAGGGAAAGAAAUAAGAAGAGUGCAAAGAGUGGAUCAAAAUAUCAGAAAAAAAAACAUCACCCUUUCCCCAUUCACUCUUAUCACCACGAGACGAGAUCGGCAGCACAAUCUACCAGAUCUGUUAAAUUUCUUAUUUAUUUGGGCAGAAUUUGGUAUUUUGAAUCUGAUUGAGUUUUGGUUAUAGUUUAUUGGAUUUAGGGGUUAUGGAUUGGGAAAGGAGAGUGAAUGGAGGAGAUUAUAAUAAUCUGACAUCAUCCUCUUCGUCUUCGUCUUCUAGUUAUAUACAACACCCAGUUUCCAAAUUUGAUACCCUUGCUGGCGUAGCUAUCAGAUAUGGCGUUGAGGUGGCUGAUAUUAAAAGGAUAAAUGGCCUGGUAUCAGAUCUCCAAAUGUUUGCUCUAAAAACACUUAAUAUACCAUUACCUGGGAGGCAUACCCCCUCGCCAGUUUUAUCAAAUGGUCAACACACUCAAAGACCUCGCAGCUCUGACCAGACCUCUUCAAGUCGUCGACACUCUGAUUUAUUUGAUUCGUUUCAAUCCCUGAAACUGAAAUCAUCCUCUCCCCAACCAAAAGUUUCACCAGCUAUGAGCAGCUUACAAGGAUAUUAUGGUCUUAAACCGCCAGAUGAGAAAGCUCAAUCUGAAGGAUUUGAAAUGGCUGUGUAUCGUAAGGGAGGAUCACAUUAUUUAGAAGAUGGCCCAUUUUACAAAUCCUCUCCUCUUUCAAAUCCACCACUUAGUCUUCAGAGAAAAUCCAAGAGUGUAGCUAAUGGUUUUAUGUCAGAGAAUGGAGUUCCUACAAAUCACCUAUCAACAGAAGACACCAGAGACAAUGGUUCCGAUAGAUGGUUUGAGAAAUUAGUGAGAAGGCGUCAAAAGUUGGAAACUGAUUUCACGCGUACUCCAGAAAUGCUGUUGAAGGAAGAUAACAGCAACAACGGCUGGUUUUCAGCUGUCACUGGGAAGGGCUUAGCUCUGAGACCCAAAUCAGCUAAUCGAACUCUCUGUGGGGCAGAUGCCGAAGCAAGUUCAAUAAGUCCUAUUCCUACUGGCUUAGGGGAUUCUUUUAUAAACGACAGUGCUUCCGUAGUUAGGAAGUCAUCAAGUACAUCGAAUUUGCAAGAUUCAGAUACCGGUACAUUGUCUUCUCUGUGGAAUUUGAAGCCAGAUUUUCAAGCAAUUUCCACUGCAGCCAUUACUAAGCCAAUCUUUGAUGGCCUACCUAAACCAAUUACAGGUCGAAGAAACAAGGCUGCGCUCGAUUAGCUUAUUCUUUCUGCAUUAGCUGCUUAGAAGUUCAUUUCUUCAAUACUUUAAACAGAGCAUUCUCCGAUGAAGUGAUAAAUGGAGAUUAAAGAUAGAAGACUUUGGUUAUCUCAUGGUAAAAUAAACUUCCUUUAGUUUGUGAAUUCUCAUGGUUCAUACCUUCCGUUUGAACUGUGUUCGAGAUUUAUAGCAGCACCAAAAAUUGGCUGAAGAAUCUCUGUUUACAAUCGAUUUUUGCUAUAGCAUGGUAGUGCAUCGUGCAAUUUGUCACAGCAUAUGUAUAUUAGGCAUUCAAGUUCAUUGAUCUGAAAUGAGGAGAGAGGAUAUUGUUUAUACAUGUAUUAUAUGAUCCGUACAUCACUUCACAUGAUUUUGUGUUUUAUUGUUUCAUCAUCUAUUCUUCUGCA